AUGUCCAACUCUCCCAAUCCGCCUACGCCCUCUCCUCCGCGUGUAAGGCACUCCCAACGACGAGGCCAGACAAGAUUCGAGAAGGAGGCAGCGGCGACAGGAGGUAAAUCCUCCGCUGACCUACCUGGGGAUCCGAAAGUCAUUGGACCAUGGAGGAUAGGGAGGACUAUCGGCAAAGGAGCGAGUGGACGGGUGAAGAUCGCCAAACAUUCCAAAACGGGACAAUACGCCGCUAUAAAGAUAGUACCUAAGCAUGCUCUCAUGAUGACCUCGAGGAUGUCGAUGUCAGAUGCAGGUGCCAAACAUGAUAAAGCCGUGUUGGGUAUCGAGAGGGAGAUUGUGAUCAUGAAAUUGAUUGAUCAUCCGAACGUCAUGAGUUUGUAUGAUGUGUGGGAGACUGCCAAAGAGCUAUAUCUCGUCUUAGAAUACGUAGAAGGCGGCGAACUGUUCGAUUACCUUGUUUCUCAAGGUCGAUUACCGCCCGAUGAAGCUUCUAGAUAUUUCCAACAGAUAGUUGCAGGUGUAGAUUAUUGUCACAGGUUCAAUAUCUGUCAUCGAGACUUGAAACCUGAAAAUCUCUUGUUAGAUGCCGAAAAGAACAUCAAGAUCGCAGAUUUCGGUAUGGCAGCAUUGGAGCCGAGUGAUAAGUUGUUGGAAACUAGUUGUGGAAGUCCGCAUUACGCUAGUCCAGAGAUUGUUGCGGGUAUGUCGUACCACGGCGCAGCAUCUGAUAUAUGGUCAUGCGGUGUCAUCCUCUUCGCUUUGCUCACAGGAAGAUUACCAUUCGAUGAUGAGAAUAUUCGAAUACUCCUUCAAAAAGUCAAGAACGGUCGAUUUGUCAUGCCCGCGGAUCUACCUACCGACGCCAAAGAGUUGAUCACGAGGAUGUUGGUCGUUGAUCCGGAAAAGAGAAUCACUAUGGCAGAAAUACUGAGACAUCCGUUCUGUCAACGGAAACAGGAUACUGAUUCUGGCAGAAGGAUCAAUCUCGUCGAACCGCCAAGAUUGGAGGAGAUCGCUAGACCAGUCAGGUCGGAAAGGGAGAUUGAUAGAGAUAUAUUGAGGAAUCUGAGGACGUUGUGGAAUGGUACUUCGGAAAAAGAGAUUGUCACUUCUCUUUUAUCCAAUGAGAAAACAUGGGAAAAGGCUUUCUACUUCUUGCUUCUUCAGUAUAGGAACAAGCAUUUGGAGAAUUUCAACCCUGAGCCUGAGUCUAGGAGAAUUACUACAGAACGACGAAGGAAGCCAGACUCAACUUCAUCAUCUCAUCGACGAUCCACUCGAUCUACCACAUCGACUACUGCAUCAUCAGCCAAUGGGUCUGUACGAAAAGCCGUACCAAGAGAAGAGAGGGAACGGGAACGGGAGCGGGAGAGAUAUCGAUCAUCUAUUUCAGGUGAUCAAGAGAAUACCAAUCCUCAUACAGCUACUAGACCUGCACCUAUCCCUAUUCCAGCGGUAGUAAAUGUCAAAUCACCCGCUACGCCCACAGCGAGAGUGAUUGGACCUCGACCGUCCCCCAAUCCCAACGAGCCACAAGAUCGUCUGGUAAACAAACAAACUUCGAAUGGAAUUAGUCCCGGUCCGAGAACACCAGCUCAUCUUGAGAGGAUUGUCGAACAACCUUCUACUAUCACACCUGUUGAUCCUAGAUUACCAAAAAUCACUCUACAGCGACCUACCCCUGGGUCUACAGAUCAAUCGCAGACUGCUCGGACUGGCCUGGGGCUCAAUCUCAAUAUCACUACUACACCAGCUACGACUUAUUCAUCACCGCCGUCUCCGUCGCCCGCUACGGCUGUUGGACUAGGGAUGCAAUGUUCCGCCUUGGGCAAUAUAAACGUACCUCAAGUUCAAGAUGCGGCAUUGCAAAAGUUCUUCCAUGAUAUCGCUGAACAACUUCAAUUGAUCGGUUCAGCUUCACCUAGAUCAUCUAUCGUUGUUCCUGGUACAAGCACAAGUCCAAGUGGCCCAUCUUCGCCUAUGGCUAGUCCAGCACUAUCUCAAAUGGAAGAAACCAUAACUACACCUACUACACCUAUCAUCGAAAUACCUCCUAUGAUAACUGGUGUAACCAGACCAGCUCAACGACGAAGUAUGACUGAACAACCUGUACCCAACACCGCACCUAAACCGAAGUUACCUGAAAUUACCAAAAGACGAUCAUACCUUGGCGAUUCGACGAUCACCCACAGUAAUCAAGAGAAUGUCGUUACUCAGCCGCAAAGGUUCUCAACGGGUUUCGAUAAGGUGAGGAAAGUAUCUAAUGGAAGUGAGAAAAAGAGAAGAUCAAAGCCCGCUCCACUGGAUCUAUCACCCAAAAUAGGCUCUGAAUUACUUUCUCCCACCGGAUCACCAUGGUUAUCCACCCCUCCUUUGGGAAGUCCCACCCCACCUUCACCUCUGUUAGUAGGUAGUUCAGGCGAAGUGAAAACUUCUUGGUUCUCAAAUCUGUUCAGCUGGAAACCUGCCACCUUCACUCUGAUUUCUGCAGAUGACUGCGCGAUCUCCCGAGCAGAAUGUAUUAAGCUUCUCGAAUCGUUCGGGGCCAGUGUGAUAUUGGAGGAUGCAGAUGGUUGGGGUGUAUUGAAAUGUCGUAUUGACGAGAUAAGGGACGUAUCAGGCAUAAUCAUACCUAAAUCCGUACGAUUCCGAAUCGAAUUCCUACCUCAUUCCAAUUCCAACUGGUCUUCUAACCAACCAAACUCACCUGUCAUACCUGGUAGUCCCCGAGGAACCACCACAAGUAUGACGAUGGUCCAGGAGAAAGGAGCGUUAUCGAGCUUCAGAGCGGUGUACGGCAGGAUCAGGUCAGAAUGGAGACUUGAUUCCCUCAAAUCACCUGCUAUAUCCACUCAUUCUAGGUUUACCACUAACAAUACCACUCAGAUCAAUUCCCCAAUGGCUUCUCCUGCUUUGGAUGGGCAUCAUGCUCAGGCGAUUUGGAGUUAA